AUGAAACGCGCUACUGGGACGCAGUAUGAAGUUGACAAGCUACAUUGUUUUUGUGAGCACCCUGAUUCUCGAGUGCUUUUGCUGGAUUUGAUGGGAUUGGCUCUUCAUGGUGGCUGCAGUGGAUUGAAAAGCAGUCAUCAUGGUCAUUCGCAUGGCAUGCAAAUCCGGACUCCUUCAACAUCCACAAAUGAUGGCUGUGAAACAACAGGUAGCCGCAAUAUAAAUGUCCGAGCUGCGGUCAUACAUGUAGUGGGCGACCUAGUACAAAGUAUUGGCGUUUUUAUUGCUGCUGUCCUCAUAAAAUUUUGUCCUUCAGCUCGAUGGGCAGAUCCUGCCUGUACACUUCUCUGCUGCAUUUUGGUUCUGGGCACAUCGAUUGGAGUGGCUCGGGAUGCUGUGAUAGUUUUAUUGGAGGCAUGUCCUUCAAUACCCGCACUUCAGCCAGCUGCUUUGGUUAUGCGUCUUCGAAGUGUGGAAGGAAUACGUGGUAUUCAUGAUCUUCACGUAUGGUCCCUUACACCAGGUCAAUCUGCAUUGACAGCUCAUCUUAUUAUAGAUUCUGCAGUUGACCAUGAGACUGUUCUAAGAAAAGCUCAAAAAGUACUCAGGGGUCUUCCUGAACUUGAACACAUCACAUUGCAAGUCAGCAAUGGAUCCACAUCAUGAGAACACGUCAGCAUUGAAUCUUUACCAUAUGGGAUACAUCACAAAAACUUCUUGUGGCUUCCAUUUAAAAUUUCUUUAUGAGACAAUUUUUUUUAAUGUGCUGAAAUUGAAUUAUCAUAGCUUAUUUUGCUGUUUCACAGUGGGUUGGGUAGAGAGGAAACUGGUUGUUAUUUUGUAGUAUAAGAAUGUUACUUGACGAAUUUAAUCAUUGAUAUUGAAUGAUUUAAGUUUUAUUAUUAUUACUGUUGUUGUUGUUUGUUGUUACAAUUGGUUUGUUUAGUUCUUAAGUUUUGUGCUAUAUCAGGGUUACUAUUAAUAAGAUCAAUAGAGGGUUCAAACAAAAGCAUUUAUUGCACAUGUAUAAUAUUUUUGUUCCUUGAUGCGUAAUCUACGUUUGUUAAUUACUAAAUGUUACAUCACAAUUAAAGUUUAUAUUUGUCAGCUACGACAUUUUUAAUUAUUGUGUGGAAGUUGGGAAAAGAAUGUUUCUAAUGUUGAAUGUUUAAAACAUUAUAUUUUAAAAUUCUGUCACUAUGAUAAAAUAUGUUAUGUUUGAUGAAGAGCAACCACUUCGUUAUUGUAUUGUAUUUUAAGUACUGCACCACCAAGUUACGUAAAGUUUGUUUGUAAUAGUUUGAUUGCAUUUUGAACUUACGAUGAAGUAAAUGGAUCUCAUUUCAUAACACUGCAAUCAUUUAUCACAAAAAUUCUGUAAACAAAUUUAUUUUGUAAAAAUUAUGGAAUUCCUUUUUGUCACCAGUUGUUUUCUGUGAGUCAUUAUAAAGACAUAUUAGUAAUUAAUAAUUAUAUCUAUUUUAAUAUAGUCACAAUAUUUCAGAGCACAUAGUUCUAUUCAGUUGAAAAUGAGAUUUCUUUUAAGUCUCUUCCAUUUACUAUCAAAAAUUGGUCAUUAGCUUUAAACAGGUUGCAGAAUUUUUAGAAUAAGUUCAUCAAACAAUAAAUCAUGUGUUUCUGUAAUGGAUAAGUCAUAGUGUUACUUUAAACAAACGUAUAUACAUGGAUGAACUGCAUGACUUCUGGAUCUAUUUAAUAACACUUAUUUUUACAUAACUUGUUUUACAUUACGAUUAAGCUCAAUUAUUGUGCCCAUAUAAAAUAAUUUCCUACAACCAUACAAUUUGGAAUAGAGAUUUUGCUAUAAAAGUGUUAUUACUUGAUUGUCAUAUUAAAAAUACAAAGAAGAAACAGAACAUUCAAACUCAACAUAAAUAAAUAUAUGCACAUCUGAUGAAAUGACUGGAUUCAAUAAAGCAUAAUGAUUAGCAAUAUCUUAUUAAUGGCACAGUUUCUUUGAUUACUACACCAAGUUCCAUGAAGAAUGGAUUCUUGCUAUUAUGCAUAUGAAAAGAACUGCAUCAGGUGUAAACAGAUCUCUUUUGUAUAAUAUAAAUUGCAAAUUUGUAAAGAACAGAUUCAUCAGAAGACAGGAAAAGAAAAUGAUGUGCAUUUGAUAAUUUUGGGAAAGAGAAAAUAAGUCCAAGCUAUCAUCUGACUAUCAAGUAGUUGAUAUAGUCAUGGUAAACACUAUUGGUAUUACCACCAUUUCUGCUUUAGUCAUUGUUAAAUUUGUUAAUGUACUACUCUACUAAAUUUGCAUGCAAGAAUUGUUUUCUGAAGGGAUUGCCCUAUUUCAGAAAUUUUAUUUUGCUGCACCCUUUUUCUAACCGACGUUCUUUUUUAUUCACAAGGAAAUAUUAAUCUAAGGGUAUUAAAACUUUUGUUUGGUUGUAAUUUACCCUGCAUUUCUUCUCACAAUUUUACUGAGUUUAUGAGUUUAUUGAAUGAAUCAGAUCAUUAGAACUGUAUUUUU